GAUACCGCCAUUGUUGCACUGAAGUCUCCAUCUUCGGGACUCGUACUAUAAAGUAGAACUCCAGCUCUCUCAUUCUGCUUUAAUUGAUUGGUCCUCUUUGUUUACAGGAGAGAAGACGACUCGAAGUCAUCUGAUACUAUGAGAAUCUUGAGUUGGGUUCAAAAUAAGUUUCAUGGGGGGAAGGAGAAGAAGAGAUUUGGUGAGCCUCAUUGUUCUUCCCCUGAUGAUCCAAAGGAAGAAUUUAAAGACUGGCCACAAUCACUACUAGCAAUAGGAACAUUUGGGAACAAUGAAGAAAUCAAGGAAGAUUCUCAAGACGUAUCUGAUUUCAGCGUUGAAGAAUUCAACCAGUUGCAGGAAGAGCUAAAGAAGUUGCUCUCACUCAAGUCAAAAUCCAGCAGCAGAAAUGGAUCAGAGAUCAUGGAAGAUGACAGAGUAAAUACGCCAUUAAAUAGGUUUCUGAAUUUCCCAUCGAGAUCGGCAGUUGAUAGGACCUUGAGCACGAAUCUAGAGAGCUUGGCGAGCGACAGCAAUGGCGAUCUCUCCCCAAAAACCAAGAUUAUGCUGAUUAGCAAAGUGAAAGAUGUGUUGCUGGGGAAUCCUAAUGCAAUAAAGAAGAAAUCCAUCUCCUUCAUCAUCAAGAAGAUGUUUGUAUGCAGCAGUGGCUUUGCACCAGCUGCAAGCUUGAAGGAUCCAAUUCCAGAGUCAAGAAUGGAGAAGAUACUAAGAGCAAUUCUCACCAAGAAGAUACAGCAGCCGCCAAGUUCUGCUCCAACUGCUCCAACGAAGCUCAUAGAAAAUAGAUCAACAGAGGAAACACAGGAGAAAACAGAGGCUGGAGAAGAAGGCGAAGGUAAGAAGAGCAAGGACAAGUGUAGAUGGGUCAAGACAGAUUCAGAUUUUAUUGUUCUAGAGAUCUAGUUGGUUAUGAACACCAGAACACCACAAAGAUCA